CGCAUAAUAACGGUCUCUCGCCGGAACCGACCCGGUAACGGAACACACACGCAACACGCGUCUCGCCGUGUGUUGUACAGUACGUGCGGCGUUCCUUCCGAAACAAACAUCGACUGCGCCGCGCUAUCGGCGGUCAUCACGUGUCUCGUUUCCGCCGCGGUCGUGUUGUUCCUUGUUCCGCGGACGCGUGUGCGGAUCUUUGUACGGAUAUUGUUUUAAGCUUCGCGUGCGGCUGAGCGCGUGUUUGUCUGGAAAUCGAGAUUUUCUUUUUCCGCUCCCUGGGAUUUUUUCCUCGAAAACCGCCUUUCCAAGUGCCACGCUGAGAAUACCCAAACGUCGUUCGUGUGAUACACUCGGAGAGUGUUCCGUGAACGCAUUUCGUCGGUCGGUCUCUUUAAAAGGUAUCUUAUACGACACGACUGCGAGAGAACCGUUAUUGCUUUUAUAUUCAUACAUAAAACGAUGGAUAAUGGAUUUCAGGAAGAUGCACCGGAAAAUUUCGAGAAAUUUUUUUUCGACAAUUUAUAUACGUCAGAUAAGUAAUAAGAUGAAGACCCGAUCGUCGGUAUAACUCUGUGCGCACAAAGAGCAAGGCUGAAACGCAUCGUCGUGCCCUGUCCCAUCACAACGUUGCCACACAGUCGGACAGCCACGCGCCGCAGCGAUGGGCAACUCGAACAGCCACGGCAGCAGCACGUCGUACGCGACCGGCGGCGACGCCCGUUCAAUACCGCCGCAUUCGUGGGCCUACUCGUUCCCGCGGUCACAGUACUUCAGGCCGCCAACCUCCGGGCCCAAAGUGCUGCCGACGCACGUGCCGGGCCAACAACCACGGCUCAGGGCCACCGAGAACGGGUCCAUGCUCCAUACGGCUGGCACCAUAAACGGUAAACGGCCAUACGAAUAUCUUCACCGGGACGACAUCCAACAUGGAUAUGGAUACGAAAUUCAAAGACACGUUCCUAGAGAUGGAAGACGAGAUCGUAUGGGGUACAAUAUGUAUACCAGUGAACCAGACUUACGGUUUUCAGACUCCCGUCAACUGCCACCAAUGAAUUACCAACAUCAUCACAAUCACGGAGAUAAUGGUGCUGUCAAAGGCAGAAUGUCUCGAUCUAAAAAAAAGUACAGAGCUCCUCAAGUGCCACCAUCUUCGUCACAUCAUAACGGAAUGGACAGCUCUUCUCCGGACUCGUAUCAACAUUGGGAAAACCACAGGGAUAAUAGUAGAUCUAGUCAAAAUAAUGGUAUGCCGAGAUUGAGGUUAUUUAAGACUAGAGCAGAGACAAAACGUAAAAUCAGCAGAGAUGAAUUAAAAAAUGAAGAGUUUCAACCUGAAGUUAAACCACAACCUAGCAAUCUACAUCGAAGCAUGUCUUCUCCGCAAUUUCAAGCUGAAUUGAAACGUGUGACUGAAAGGCUGAGAGAAAAGGAAUUCCGUCAUCCACCCGUAGGUCGCGCUUCGGAAAGCUCGUCUAAUCCGGUUUCCGAAGAUCGUACGGCUGUUGUCACUGACAGUGAUAAACAUCGCGAAAGCCCAAUGAACUCUAACAGACAACGGUUAAUGGCUGACCGAGCUAAACGAAUGUCCAGAUCAAUUCCAAAUCUCGCAACUAAAUUACAAGAAGAUGAUGACGUUCGAUGCACGGGCGAGGGUUCGUCAGCCACAGGUUCCAACGACGAAAAUAAGAUCCACAACAAACAAGAUAAGCAAAAAACGAGUGUGCCAGAUAUUAAACCAAAAACUUUCUAUUUUGGUAUGAAUGAAUUCAACGAUACGACAAAGAUUAGUAGAACCUCAGAAGACGUCGAUCGAUUCGCUGAGAGCUUUAACAAAACGAACGCUUCACCUUCUAAUAGUAUUACUAGCAGCGACCCCACAGACGAGAGCGGUGGUGAUAUAUCUCUUCAACUAAGACCCACAUUACCAAGAAAACAGUUUGACAUCCCUAGAUUUAGUCCAACAGCUGCUUGGCGCUUGCUCACUGCUUUAGAAAGUCCUUCACCAGUUAGUCCUAACUACAGCGGCGGAGAAGAAGACUUAAUACCAAUUAUAGAUCAACCUCAUAAUUCUGGUGAUAAAUCCGGAGAUAGUGGUAUUUCUGGAGAUGCUAGUCCUAAUUCAGCCCAUAAUUCACAGGUUGCUUGGACUCCACAGCAAGACUUGGAAGAAACAAGUUCAGAUGGAGGAUUGGAUUCAGCACCAGUUUCACCUCAAAGUUUAGAUACCACACAAUUUUCAAGAACUCGUACAGUCGCUAAGCCAAGUUUCUGUCUAUCCCUACCCAGAGAUGAAAGUACAGGAAUUGAUAAAAGAUAUGGACAAUUAAAUGAAGAUUUUUCGCCAAUGAAUCCGCCCAAAUCUCAUGGUUACUUCAAAUCUAAGUUAAGUAGAGGAAAAGCAUCGACAGAUAGAAACAAAUCACAGUUAGAUGAAAACUGGGUGUUAAGUAGAAGUGUCCCAGAUUCAUUGCAUCAAUCAGGCUUAGUUGGUAAUUUUCCAUCUCAAAAUUGGAAUCAGCUAGAAUGUCAAAAUGGAGAAGAACCUUCUGAUGAAGAAUUAGCUAUGUCAUCUUUACCAAAGUUUUCAUAUUUAGCUGCAGGCAGAAGAGCUAUGUAUUUACCAGAAUACAAAUCGUUAAACUAUUUAUAUCAAAAGGAUACAACAAAUGUACCUCAAAAUAAAACCAUUGUAUCAAAGUCAUGUGAAGACCUCACAAGAGAUGAAUUGGAGGAUGAAGAGUUACCAGUUAUGAAUGAAAGAACAAAACAAAAAUCGACAAAUAAAAAGUUUGCAUUUCAAAGUACAAUACGACAAAUUGAACGAAAGAAAAUUGCUGAAAAGUUGUCAAAAGAAGCAGAGUACAAAGAACGCCAGAGACUUAGUGAAAUGGAGGCAAUGCGUCGAGUGGAAGAAGAGUUUCAGCGAAAACGAGAAAGAGAAAAGGCAGAUAUUCGACAACAGUUGAGACUGUAUACAUUAACACAAGGUGAUAGAGAACCAGCACAACCUCUUCCAUCUGGUACUCAAGUACUUUCUGAAUUUAGAGAGUCAAGACGUGACUAUAAAGAUUACAACUCUUCCAGAGUUGAACAUGAACCUAGUAACCGUUCAGAAACUCCAGUGAAAAAAUCUACAACUGUGCAUCCAAAAGUUGUAUACCAAAUGCCCAAAAGUACUCCAGUAUAUGUGACACCAAAUAGUGUUCGUAAGCAAUGCAAUGGAACUGAAAAGGGAUCAACACCAACAUCCGGAAAUUACAGAAGAGACUUUGCUCAAGGGGCCCUUCCACGUUCUGUGGCAAGUUCGGAUUCAGAAGUGUCUGUGUCGAUUACUCGACCAACUUCACGUACAAAGCAUAGAAGCAGAUCAGCCAGUCCAAUAUCUGAUCAAGAAAACAACGACACUGGAAUAAAUCUUAGUUAUGUACAAAUUAUAAAAAGCUUAAAACAAAAACAAAAUAACGAAACAGAAUUAAAUGAAGUUACCAAUGAAAAGAUUCCAGCUAGUUCUAUAGUUGGUAUAAAUUCUCUACAACCUUUUAUGAAAAAUAAAAAUUCAAUGUACAAACCUAUUGUUUUCAAUCCGAUAAACAAGAACAAAUUUGCUCAACCAUUGAUGUAAAUUUUUAUUAUAUAAUUAUUUACUUAAUUUUUAA